CCAUUUUCAUGAUGGAUAUUGAAAUAGACUUUUUUCAAGCAAGAAACCUGUUUUACCAGGGUUGUUUUAAUCUUCUUCUUGAAAAAGACUUAGGAGAAAAUCAAGCAGCUCGUAUCUUAAAAGGACGAGCUCAACGAAUGUUGGGUAAAGGUAAUGAAAUUCUUUGGGAGCUUAAAAAUGAGACAACGCCCGAGUUUUUAGCGUUACGCGGUUGGGUAUUGUAUGAAGAGGGUGAUAAAGAACAAGGGAUAUCUGAAAUUCGUUCUUGUAUUUCAACGUCAUCGAAAAAUGCAACGGUACAAGUUUUGGGUGGGCAUGUAUUGUAUCGUGAAGAGCAAUAUGAGGAAGCACUAGAACUUUUAAAGGGACAUUCAGAGAAUGUGGAGGCAGUAGCAUUGAUAAUACAAAUUUUUCUUAAGGAAAAUCAGUUAAAGGAAGCACAAAAAGAACUAGAAAUAGCUAGGACUUGGGCUUCAGAUGAUAUAAUAAUUCAAUUAUCAGAAGCAUGGAUUGAUUUAUAUAAAGGUGGUCAAGCAGCGCUAAAUUCAUUUUAUAUUUACGAAGAAUUAGCCCAGACAACUCCUAAUUCAUUGACUUUAACAGGACAAGCGGUAGCAGAAUUACAGUUAGGAAGACUAGAAGAUGCAGAGGAAACAUUGGCACAAGUAUUAACACUAACACCACAUGAUGGUGAUGCGUUAGCAAAUGCAAUUGUAACAGCAACACUUCUUGGCAAAGAUACUUCUGUAUAUAUAGAGUAGCUGAGAAAAGUACUACAAAAAAAUCCUAAUUGGA